AUUUAUCUACCUUUUUCUGUCUUUGUCUAUCUGUCUGUCUGUCUAUCUAUCUUUCUUUCUCACUCUUUUUCCACCCGGCUUUUACUCCCGCGUACGCGUUGGAAGAUCAAAGAGCGAAGAAAAAAAAGAAGAAGUAGAAGUAGAAGCAACAGCAGCAAUAGUAGUUGUAAAAGUAGAAGAAAAGAGAAAAGAUGUUAGGCGUGAGUCAGCCGAGCAAUCCGCCCUCGAGCUUGCGUCACUCCGCAAGCUUCUCCUGUCUACAAAGGAGUACCGUCGGCGAGGGCCAUCGUGCAAGAACUUCAACAUUGUUGCAACAACCUAGCCUCCAACUUACCAAUAGUCACCAUCAUCAUCAUCAUCAUCAUUCUCAGCAGCAGCAGCAGCAGCAGCAACAACAGCAACAACAACAUCAUCAUCAUCAGUACUCUUCUGGUCAGAGUAGUUCCUUGCUUCAACAAUCGAGUAGCAACGUUCAACAACGACAACAACAACAGCAUCAUCGAGGAAUUGAUACUGAUACGAUACAAGACAGUAACGAUUACGGUUUUGUAAAAGUCAGGCCACGUUUGCGAAGUACCAACGCAACGAUCUUUCACGAGGAAGAAGUGGCAGCUGCUAAAAGUGCAUUUAGAGAUCGAGACGCGUCAGCAUUCAGUGAUCGCGAGUGCGAACCCUCGAGUUUUCGGGAAUUGUUAAAGUCUAAGGAUCGAGAACAAUCACCGAAAAUUGCUAGUUCGACGAAAAAUCAAAAUCCAUUGAAGGGUGCCCUGAUAUUGUUCACGUCUACCUCGUCUUGGUGGAAAGCGAGACAACGAGAGGAACAACAGCUGAACGGUGGCGUUGUCGGUGGGUCCUCGAGUUCGGUGACCAACACCAACAACAACACUUCUACCAGUUCGAUGUUGCCCUCGUCCGAGCGAAAGUGGUCGAGCACCUCGAUGGCGUCACCCUCAAACGAGAGAAAGUGGCCGUCCUCGAUGACGUCGCCCACCAUGGGUGAACGGAAAUGGUCAGUCGGUAACAGCGUAUCUUUGACGUCACCGAGCAACGAGAGGAAGUGGACCAGGUCCUCGGUUUCUUCUAGCUCGACCAAUGUUCUCGCUACUAGCACUGGAGGAAGUGGAGGAGUAGGAAGUGGAGGAGGUCAACAGGCACAACCGCAACAACAGGAUAGGAAAUGGCGUUCCUUGGGUGCCCUUCUUCGCGCUCCCACAGUUGGCGGAGGAAGUUCUACUUCCUCGCACGCUACUUCUCUUCAAAAUUCAUUUUCUUCUCACAACAUGAGCGUUUCGAUGAUCGAGAACAGCAGCAGCAACACCGUAGAACGUUCGAGAGAUGAACAACAACAUCCACCACGUGGCUCCGUUAGCAAAUCUUCUUCUACUACGAGAUAUCAACAACCGAGUUCUUACUCGGCUCGUGUGUCCAGAGUCACCAGAGAUAUUUACAGAGAGAACGGUGAGUUCUCUGUUCAAGCUGCCAGAACCAAGGUCAGUCGUAGAUUAUAUCAAGAUUCAUCCGAGACUGCUAAUAGUAACGCGACAUCCGUGGAUCGUGAAAUGAUCGAUGAAAUUACCGGUAGACAUUCGCUCGUUAGACAUCAUCAGUUCAAGGACGAGUGCAGAGGUAGAACAAAUCGCGAAAGCUUUUGUAGAAUUGAUCAACAAACUAGUACCGGUAAUACAUCGACUACUAACACGUCAUCCUCGACUACUACUACCAGAUCGAGCAGGGCUCAAAGUUUUUAUCUUUUGGAUGAUUUCUUAAAACCACAACCACAACAAAACAACACCAACAACAACAAGUGCACGUUAAAUCUUUAUUUAUCUUCUCCUUAUUCAAAAUCCGUCGAAACUAAAAGAGCAUCUCAAGGUAACGUCGCUACGAACAUAACACCACCUAGACGUCACAAUUCGAGUUCGGAUAGUCUCGAAGUUGCUACUAGUCCUUUGCCGCCACCUGUACCACCACCGCCACCUCAGCUAGGUACUAGGGAUAGAGAUAGAGGUGAUAAUUUCAAGGAGUUUGAAGUCUGUCCGUGCAACAUGUGUUGGGCCUCGUUGCAGCAGAGAUCAUUUGCGGAAGAGAGUCCCGGAACGCUGCACAAAGAUGUCGGCGGUGCUGGUACCAAGGUUAGUGGAAAGACAGUCGGAGGUGUCGGCACUGCAACCCUCACCACCCUAUCAUCCAUUAAUAAUACAUCAAAUGCCACUCGAAACAAGAACAAUCCAGUACCACACGAGAAACCGUCGUUCUUCAAUACGAAACCCACGCGGGUGGAUAAAUCGAACGCCAAGAAUGCCAACAAUUCAACCAGUAACAACAUACAUGAAGUUUAUCCCGGCAAGUUGCCCAUGACACCUCAGGAAGCUCUGAAGUAUUAUGGAUAUAGACUUCCGGAAUUUGAACGUACCGAGAUAGAAAAAUAUUCGGAAAUUUGGUAUUUGGGUUUGUCGGCGAAUAAAAUUCACGGUGAGGAAGGUGCAUCACAAAACGGUGGUUACGAUGACGAAAAUGGUAGUUACAACAAAGUACUGCACGAUCAUAUUUCAUACAGAUACGAGAUAUUAGAAGUAAUUGGAAAGGGUAGUUUUGGUCAAGUAAUUCGAGUAUUCGAUCAUAAGACAGGUCAACACAUUGCAAUCAAGAUCAUCAGAAAUAAAAAGAGAUUCCAUCAUCAAGCACUGAUUGAGGUUAGAAUCUUGGAACACCUGAAAAAGAAGGAUCUGGAUGCCGAUGCAUCGCACAAUGUGAUACACAUGUUAGAAUAUUUUUAUUUCAGGAAUCAUUUGUGCAUCAGUUUCGAGUUAAUGAGUUUGAACCUGUACGAGCUAAUCAAAAAGAACAAUUACCAAGGAUUCACCUUAAGCCUAGUACGAAGAUUCGCCAAUUGUCUGAUAAAUUGUCUUAGACUACUUUAUCGAGAAAAUAUCAUUCACUGUGAUUUAAAACCGGAGAACGUACUUUUAAAACAACGAGGUAGCAGUUCACUCAAAGUGAUAGACUUUGGUUCUUCAUGCUACAGCCAUCAACGUGUAUAUACGUACAUUCAAUCGAGGUUUUAUAGAAGUCCAGAGGUUAUACUUGGUCUUCCCUAUGGCAAAGCGAUCGAUAUGUGGAGCUUUGGUUGUAUUUUGGCUGAACUUUAUACGGGAUAUCCUUUGUUUCCUGGUGAGGACGAGAUAGAACAACUCGCGUGCAUCAUGGAAGUAUUAGGACUUCCUCCAGAACACAUCAUCAAUAACGCUUCACGUCGCAGACUCUUUUUCGAUCAAAAAGGUGUUCCACGAUACGUUGCAAAUAGUAAAGGUAAAAAGAGAUGGGCUGGCAGUAAAAAUCUAGCGAUGGUUCUACGAUGUACCGAUACACAAUUCGUCGACUUCGUUAGCAGAUGUCUCGAGUGGGAUCCGAAGAAACGAAUGACCCCGGAAGAAGCAGUACGUCACGAGUGGUUGAGUUCUUCAUUGGUUAACGCGAGUUCCUCCUCGUCGUCUUCUUCGUCUACGAUGACAUCGUCAACAACAACGGUGAACAACACGGCGAACAACGGUAACAACGGUAACAACAGCAACCCUACUACUACUACUUCUUCUACUACGGCAGCUGUAGUCGAAACGACACAAUCAUCUCACGCCCAAACUGUAACACGUCUGACGGUUAGCGAAUCGUUGCAGUUACCUUCAAACAUGGAAUACGCGCCCUACAGUCUUCUCGCUCUCUACCUCAAGCACGAUAAACACAUGAAGAGGGUAGGCGGAUCGGAGAAUUCUAAGAGUAGCAGCAGUGGCGGUGGUGGUGGCGGGGGUGCUGGUGCAACGGACAAUUCCAAGAGUAGCAGCAGCAGUCUCGUCGUUAAAAGCAAAUUAAAUGGUAGCGCUAGUAGUCACGCAUUGGCAACAAGUAGCGUACAAACAACAACUACGUCAAGGCACGCAUCUACCGGUGACAUUGUAUCCAGCCUGGACCCUAAUCUCGACGAUUCAGGAACCUUCCUACCACCGAUAUUGUGAAGUCGGGUUUAUGCUAGCCACUUUUAAACGUCUCUCUCUAAACUUCGAGUUCAUUUCUCGUUCUCGUUCUCUGCCGUUAUAUAUAUAUUCCUUUUUUCCUCUCUUUUUUUUUUGUUUUUUUUUUUUAGAUCGGAAGAUUUUCUGGAGGAAUCGAUCAUUUUUGUUCUGUGUUGAUCGAUAUAAUAAACUGCUGCCUAGAUUAUAUUUUAUAUUAGCUUCUAUAUUAUAUCAGCUGUGUGAUCUUAUUUUUUGGAAUUUAAGAAAAUGCAACAACCAUUCUUCCGGAUAGCGUACACGGAAUAAUAAUAGAAGGAUUAAUAAAAAGAAGAAGCUUUAUUGAUAUAUAUAUAUAUAUAAUCGAAUAGAAUGUUACUCAAUAGAGUGUUGAUAGUCAAUUUGUUUUUGUGCAAGCUAAUAACGAAGAAAUCGAUUCGAAAAGUGCGUACGUCGCCCCAGGUCAAUUUAUUAUUAAAAGAAUUGUUGUUGUUCAAUUCUAAAAGUUGUUAAAAAUUUUUAACGACUCAAAAAAGCGAGAGGUAUGAUCUCAUUAAAAAAAAAAAAAAAAAACACGCCCUCUAUAUAUAACAACGAACGGCGUGUUAAUAAAAUCGAUUAAAUAUCAUGAGUGGAAAGAUUCUUUGUUUUUGUUUUUUUUUUCUCAAUUUUAAAGAGACAAAAAGAAAAAGUACGCUUUUCAAUUUUCUAUGAACAAUCGUUUUCGAUAAUGAAAUCAAACACACGUUGUCGUAGAAAAAUAUAAUAGAAAUGUGAGAGAGAGAGAGAGAGAGAAAAACAAAAAAAGAAAAUACGUGAUGAGAACGAAAACAACAACAAGUAGCAGCACAUGAUGAUGAUGAUGAUGAUGAUGAUGUUGAUGAUGCGCUUAGAAAUGGCUAGCCCCGUGUAGUAAAACGCUUGACACGUUCUCUCUCGAUGCCAAAAGGGCUUUAGAAGAUAUUAUCGAUUUAAUUCUCAGCCUCUCUCCCAACCCCCCCAACCCCCAGACCCAACCCAAUUCAAUUCAACUCUUACUCCUCCCUCUAAUUUCAAACUACAAGGUUGAAAUCGAAAUUGCACGUGUCCUCGAAAACUUUUUGAUUUGGUUGAAUGAAAAAACACAUGAUUGAUGAAACCUUUCAAUUAAAAUAAUGAGGGGUAAAAAGUUAAUCAAUUGAGUAUCAGAAAAAUCUUGAUGCUUUUUUUCUUUUAAUGGAAAAAAAACAAGCCGUGUUAAUCAACCCCCUUAAACCCCCAUCCACAAUCGUGUCCAGUAAAUUUUUCAAAAAGAAUCAAAAUAUUUCAAUCGAACGACAAAUUUCUGACAAAACCAUCUCGUGGUUGAGGAGGGAGAGGGGGAAGGAUCGUAAUAAAAAUCGUGAAGAAAAUUAUUCCGUGUGUAUAUUGUGUGUGUGAAUCAAAUAUGUGUUUUUGUUCUCGAAUAUGUAUAACAUAAAAUGAAAAAGAGAGAGAAAGAGAGAGAAAGAGAGAGAGAAAAAGAAUGGAAUUUCGUCGAUGAUCAAAAAAAUUUACGCGACACAAACAAUCAUUGACAAAAAAAAAAAAAAAACUUUACAAUAAAUAAUCUGAAUAAUUGUCGCGUUUAAAUCGAUAAUCUUUUAACGAGAUAUAUAUAUAUAUAUAUAUCUAAUUAAUUAUUGUUUUUGAUUUUUAAGUCAUCGCAGUAAAAUGGGCGAGGCUUAAAAAGAAAAAAAAAAUAAUAAUAAUAAUAUUCUCUAUUAUAAUUUAAUGAAUAUCGUCCGUGUAGUGUGUCGAAUGGAUUUAUAUUUUUUUUUUCUUUCUUUCUUUUGUUCAUUACUUAUAGUAGAAUAAUAAUUGUUUAGCAACGAUGACGAUGAAAAAAAAAAAAAGAUAGAAAAAGGGGUGGGAGAAAAUGUGUUAUUCGAGACACAUUUUUUGAAAAAAAUAUUUAUCGACUCCUUUUUUUGUUUAUUAAUUUAUUUUUUCAUCGUCACGUUGAUGAGAGAAGAUCUGAGAUGAGAUAUGUUUUUUUUUUUCUCGCACGGUUAUCAAACGGCUGAGAAAAAAAAGAAAA